GAAAAAAAAAGAAAAGAGAAAGAGAGGGAAAGAGAGAGAGAGAGAGAGAGAGAGAGAGAGAGGAGCUCUUCGAUUCCCUCCUCCGCGCCGAUCCCCGAAACCCUAACCCUAAUUCUCCCGUAACCCUCAACCUAAUUUUGCCGAUCCCGCGGCGGAUCGGGGGGAGGAUCGAGGCGAGGAUCGGGGAAUUGGUGCCAGGAUCCGUGGAUCCCCGUAGCGUAAUCGCGUUCGAUCGAUCUCCUACUUGUUUCUCUCUGAUUUGAGUAGGGAUUCUUCGAUCGCGUGAUCGGAGAUCAUGAGGCUCUUGUGAUUUGGAAUCUGCUAGGGUUUAGAUGAGUUCCGAGGCGGCGGCGGCGGCGGCGGCGGCGGAGGAUGCGGUGUCGCCGAACUCGGAGGAUGGAGGCGGCGUGGGUGCGGGAUUCUACGAUCUCUGCAAGGGAUUGGAUGUUGGUGAGGAUCUGAAGAGGGAGGCGGUAUCCCUGUUGAAGGAAAGCAAGAACAUUCGCUUCGCCUCGCCAUUCGGAACUAGGCAGCCGAUUGAGAUUGAGAAAUUCCGCGCCGCCUAUGUUUUGUUCUGUGCGGCGAAAUUGAGAAAGGGGCAGGGGAAGGAAGAGAAGAAAGAGGAAAGGAUUAGAUUGUGCCAGGUCUUGAGGUGUUCUAAGCUUAAACUCGAUGAUUUCUUCAAAGAGGCGCAACAAUUUUCUCUUAAAUUUGAUCAGAUUUUAAGCAAAUUUUAUGGAUCUGAUUGGGAAGAAAAGCUCGAGCUGAAGCAAUUGGAGAAGUACAUAAAGCUGUUAACAGAUGCGAGCAAGUUCUACGAUAAAGCAUACAAGGAGUUGUUCUCAAGCCCAAGCAAUGUUCAGCAUUGUUCUAUUUCUGGCUGUAUUAGAAAAUAUUCAGAAUUCUAUCAUUUUGGAUGGUUGCUGUUCUUAGCUCUUCGUAUCCACACCCCUGAACUAUUUAAAGAUCUCGUAUCAUGUAUUCAUGGAUUAGUAGCUAUUCUGGCCAUACUCAUAAUUCAUGUACCCACAGAAUUUAGGAAUUUCACAAUUCAAGAUUCGUUCCACUUUGUCAAAAGAUCUGAAAAAGGCGUGGACCUUCUUGCUUCUCUCUGUCAAACUUAUCAUACCUUGGAAGAUCAUUUAAAAAGAAUGAUGGGAAAGGCUCAAAAUUUGAUUGUUGAUAUUCUGAAUAGGAAUCCAUCACUUGCUUCAGAGUGCAAAGCAGAAAACUUCGAUCAAAUCAACACAGAUGGCUUAAUAUAUUUCAAGGAUCUACUUGAUGAAAGGUCAUUGCAAUCAAGUAUACUUAUUUUAGGGAGACAUUAUGAGAAUGCAAUCAACACUCAAGGGGAGCUAGAUGAGCGGAUGUUUGUCAAUGAUGAGGAAAAUUUACUUGAUAGCGAAAGUACAUCAGGAGCCACUUUCUGCAGCACAAGGUUUAAGUUUGAAAGUUUAGCCUCACCAACCAGGACGAUAAAGAGCAUGUUGAAUCUUCCUCGUUCUCCUUCCUCGCCUACAAAUGGUUGUUUCAUUAAUAGCUCAAAGAUGGUUCAGAUGACACCAGUCAGCUCUGCUAUGACAUCAGCAAAGUGGCUUCGAGAUGUCAUAUCUUCGCUACCACCGAAACCCUCCACUGAGCUUGAGCGCUUUUUUGCUUCAUGCGACAGGGACAUUACUAGCGAUGUGACACGUAGGGCCGACAUCAUUCUGGAAGCAAUUUUUCCAAGCAGUUCUUCUGGAGGACGAUCUAUUUCAUUUGAUACUACAUGGGCAAAAGAGAGAAAAAUGGAGGCCUUGAAGCUGUACUAUAGAGUUUUGGAGGCAAUCUGUAAAGCAGAAUCGCAACUGCUUAGUGAAAACAAUUUGACUUCUCUACUCUCCAAUGAGCGUUUCCACAGAUGCAUGCUUGCAUGUUCGGCUGAAAUAGUUUUGGCCACACAUAAAUCUGUCGUCAUGAUGCUUCCUGAUGUCUUAAGGGCAGUUGGGUUAACUGCUUUUGAUUUGAGCAAGGUUAUUGAGAGUUUCGUUAGACAUGAAGAAACUCUUCCGAGAGAGCUAAAAAGGCAUUUGAAUUCUUUGGAAGAGCAACUUUUGGAGAGCAAGGCAUUGGAGAAAGGUUCAUCGCUGUAUAAUUCCUUGAUCGUUGUGAGGCCGGCUCUCGCUGUAGAAAUAAAUCGCCUGGCACUACUAGCUGAUCCGAUGCCUUCCCUUGAUGAAAUAGAAGUACAUAAUAUUGCUGAUAGAGGGUUGCCACCUUUGCCUUCUAGAAAACAUGGUGCUUUGCCAGAUCAGAAUGGUGAGGCCCGAUCACCAAAGAGAGCUUGUAACGAGUUUAGGAGUGUUUUGGUUGAACGGAAUUCCUUUACACCGCCAACCAAGGAACGUUUAUUGACUUUUAACAGUCUAAAAUCAAGGGUACUGACUCUUCAGCCGACAUUUGCAAGUCCAAAUCAGCGUAACCCUGUAGGAGGUGGUGAAACUUGCGCCGAGAUUGGGAUCAAAAUCUUCUUCAGCAAGAUUUUAAAGUUAGCUGCCAUUAGAAUCAGAAGCUUGUGUGAAAGGCUACGGCAGUCUCAACAAAUCUUGGAGCGCGUUUAUAGUAUCUUUCAACAAAUUCUUUUUCACCAAACAGCUCUGUUUUUCAAUCGACAUGUCGACCAACUUAUUUUAUGUUGCCUCUAUGGUGUUGCGAAGGUGUCUCAUGCUAAUUUGACUUUUAAGGAGAUUGUCAACAAUUACAGAAAGGAACCACAAUGGAAAGUGGGAGUAUUUCGAAGUGUCUUUGUUGGUUUUUCAUCUGCAAAUGGAAAUGCGGGGGUGGGACUUAAUCACGUUGAUAUCAUUACCUUUUACAAUGAAAUAUUCAUUCCAUCAGUCAAACCUUUGCUGUGGGGGCUAACAGAUGAAGGAGCUCACAUGCAAGACAGGAAUAUCACAGAUGCAGGUCAGGGACAGGGAUCACCUAAAUUAUAUCCUUUCACGAAGCUUCCAGAUAUGUCGCCCAAAAAAGUCUCUGCUUCUCAUAAUGUUUAUGUAUCUCCUCUGCGACAAUCAAAGGUAGAUACUCUACUACCGCCAAGUGCCAAGAGUUACUACGCGUGCGUCGGGGAGAGCACACGUGCUUACCAGAGUCCAUCCAAAGAUUUGACGGACAUAAAUAAGCGCCUGAAUUGUGGAGCGAAAAACAGAUUGGGCUUCGACAUGGUAAGUGAUUCCGUUGUAGCUGGUAGUUUCGGUUAUCAAAACGGCAGCUCUGCUUCUUCAGAAGCCGCCGUCACCUUUAACCUACCAGUGAAGCGAGAGCAGCCAGACGACUAAAUAACCAAAGGCGGCUGCAAUUUCUGUACGUAGCCCAUUGUUCCUCACUUUAGUUUUCUGUUCCUUUUAUUCUUAUGAAUAAGUUAGAGAAUUUUCCAUCUUUCAACUGUACAUGAGUUAGGAAUUCUGUGGGGGAAAUAAUACGCGAGCAGAAGAUGCUGUAGAAUAAUCAAUCCUGCUGUCCUCUUCUAUUCCCCAGUUGUUAGAAUAUAAUUUAGGUGUGAAAUAUGUGUAACCUUCGUACUAACAUCUAACUUAAUAAAAUUUAUGGUUCUCUUCCCUUUUUCUAA